AUGGCGGCGCCGGAGUCGAGAGCCAGGAAAGUCUUUAUUCAUCCUGUGGUGCUUUUUUCUAUCGUAGAUGGCUAUGAACGACGUUCAGAAGAUGCCAAAAGAGUGAUAGGAACUCUUCUUGGAUCAGUGGAUAAGACGUCGGUAGAAAUUCGAAGUUCUUUCGGCGUCCCACACAAUGAGUCGGAAGACGAGGUGAUAAAAGUUUUUUUUCUUUUUUUGCUAAGCUGUUUAACAAGCUUCUUUUAUAAUUAGAGUCUCAGAUUUGGUAAAAUCCAGUGAAAACAAAGGUAAUAAGCGCAACGUUUUUUACUGCAGGCACCAUGCUUAUAAUCUAACGAAAAGACAACACACAAGUGUUAAUUAGAAAACCAACGAUUUGUUUCAUGUAAUUAUUCAGGACGUAACUAAUCGAUGGAAAUCGAUCAUCGAAAAUGUAAUUGAUUAAUCGAUAAUACACGAUAGUACUCGAUAUUUGUCGAUUGAUUAGUCAAUUUAAUCGAUUGAAAUCGAUAAUCAAAAAAUUUUUUGUCGCAUCUAUGGAAAUCGAAAAUCUAAAACGUGAUCUGAUCUUAUCACAACACUGCGUAACACUUACCUUCAAGCUUGCCUUCGAAUCCGCUUUGUUGAUAAAGAUGAUGUUACUUCUUUCUCCAAUGGUAGCUACUUUUCUUAUUUAUUUUUUGUACCAGGAUCACUGCUGUAAAUUUGUACUCUAGAAUCGUCAGAAUCGUGGUAAAUAGCCGGAGUCACUUAUGUAGAAAUUGGCAAACUGUCGUCCGUUCUCCGAGAAUUUAGAAGGGUAUUGUUCGAGCGCUUAUUGGGAGACACGCAUGGUGGCUUAUGGAGCGAGGAGAAUCUUCGUCCAUUUUCAUUUCGACCAUUGUCGAACAAAUCGAUAAAAUCGAUAGCUAAUUACAGAAAUCGAUCAAAAUCGAAAAUCACAAAGACGCGAGUGAUCGAUUUCUAUCGAUUUCCGAUAUUAAUCGAUUGAUUAGUAUCGAUUACGAUCGAUUACGUUCGAUUUCUAUCGAGUAUCGAAAAUAUCGAUUAGUUACGCCCUGAAUUAUUGUAUGUACAUGUGGUGUCUUAUGGAAUUGCUGUGCGUUGCUUUUAUUUGUAGUUUCAUGCAUUACCAAAAAUCCUUGGUCCUCUGAAAAUUGAACUUCAUUUGAUGGCCAAUAAUAAUUGACAAAGUUGCAAUAUUCACAUUUUUGCAACCGGGUUUAAACACAAGGGUUAUUUUGACACCCUGUUUUUAAUUGACUCCCAAUGUUUGUCAAUAGACGUCACUGAUAAGUUGUCACAGGGAUAUAAACUUCUUUAUAUCUGAAAACUGGAGGUAAAUCAACCCACCCCACUCCCGAUACUCACACAUAGUUAUCCCAAUGCAAGAUAGCUAACCUGAGCCGUUUGAACAGAUGACAAUUUUGUUAAUGGAUAGCUCAGACUGUGCAAUUGGAUACUCAUUUUGUUCAAAAUAGCUGAUAAGCGGCUUAAGAAUAGUUAUCUGUUCAAAAAUUGCAAACCAUUAGGAAUGUUUUCACAUGAAAGAUCACCAUGAAUUGUUAUUAUUUUUUAUUAUUAUUGUUUUUGUUGUGGACAUUGAUGUUAUGAAAGAGCCAGUUCUUACACUAUUAAAAAUCUUUGCUAACGCUAAACGAUCUAAAGCAUUUUCCAUGCAGUUGUAAAUGGUGAAUUUUGGCAAUUCUUUAAAUUCGUUAUUCAUGUCUUAAGAUGCUGAGGGCUGACUGGGAAGAGAAGCCCUGGUCAAAGGAAAAAGAGAUUGGACCAAAUGAUUGCAAUCUAAUUUUGACAACUUUGUCCAGUUACUGCAACUGGCAGCUGGAACAGCUACAAGAGUAGGUGCACCACAAGAAACUGACUUUUAAUUUUGCAAGCUGGUACACUGUACAUGUUUGACCAUCUGGCAAGCUAACAAGAGAAUUUAGCUCAUAGCAGCAGCCAGUGCUUACAUCUGGGCUUAUGGUUAACAUAAAAUGUAAAGAGGACACACUGUUGCCCUCUCACCCGCACAACAUUACUUUAAGAUGAUAACUUGUUAUUUCAUGUUUUUGGUAAGCGUGAAAAAACAGCCAACAUUUGGCGACACUACCACUGGUUUUCCCACCAAAUAACAUCUGACAAACAAGUGCAGAAAUUCAUACUGAUGAUGCAUCACUACCCAGAUCUGGGUAGUGCCUCUGGUUGGUUGAAUCAUGUGGCAAGAUCAAUCAGAAGCACUACCCAGAUCUGGGUAGUCACUCGUCAUCAGUAUGGAAUUUCUGCACUUGUUUCUCAGACGUCAUUUGGCGGGGUUGGUUGAAUCCACGUGGCGCAACCAAUCAGAAGCACUACACAGAUCUGGGUAGUGACGAGUCAUCACUAUGGAAUUUUUGUGCUCAUUUCUCAGACGUCAUUUGGCGGGGAAACCAGUGGUAGCUUCGCCAAAUGUCACCAGUUUUCUCAGGCUAGUUUUUGGUAUUUCUGCAGUUCAAUGUACAGUGUACCUCUUCGGUAAAAGAAUUUUUUUGUCACCUUCUUUCAGGUUGCCAUUGAAUUAGAAUAUGCCAAGAGUAUGUUUGAUCUUCAUAAGAAGUCGCAUCCAAAUGAUGAAAUAGUGGGCUGGUAAGGAACUGCUACUAGGCUUCUUGCAAUAAUUGAUCAUGUGAUCAACUUUUUGUAAACACGAAAACAAUUCUUUUGGUAAAAUUAAUCAUUUUAGCAGGGACUGAAAGAACAUUUAAAAUUAGGUAACCUUAAAAAGUUUCAGCCAUAUAUCUUAAAAGUAAUGAUGCAAAGGCCUCCGUAAGUUAAAAGGAUUUCUGUGGGGAAAACAACUCUUGCCAGCCACUUACAUGUAUGGUUGAGUGGUUUUCCAUACAAAUCCUUGUGAAUUUUUUUCCCUUAUGCAUUAGUUUUUAGGGCUAAAAUUGUCUGUUAUGAGCAAAAAAAAAUUGAGCUUGAUUAUGCUAAAGGAUAGAUUUUACUGCAGUAUUUAAUUUUUCAAAAUUUCAUUUGUGAUUUCUGAUAAUUGGCCUUAAAUCGCAACUUUUUGCAAAGAAAUCACAUGAUUUGUCUCAUACAAGUAAUUGAACUUUUCUUGAUGCAUAAUAUGCCUUGAUAAUGUGGCAUACAUGUACAUGUAAUUCCCCCUUUUUUCGUACCACACUAGAAGCUCUGACUUAAUGGCAGUCUAACAUACACUGUAAAUUUUGGUUUUACAUGUACCUGGUGUUAUAGCUGUGUUCGACAUAAUGCAGAUAGGAGUGAGUUGUUGCAGUGUAUCAACAGUCUCUGAUUGAUUGAACAAAUCUUAGGGCACAUUUCUGGCAUUGCCAUUAUUGAGUCAGGAUUGAGAUCUAGAUCAGUUAAACGCCAUCCAACUCUCUGGAAGUCUCUAGAGAGUCACUCAAGGGCAAUAUCAAGUUUCGCUCUUUUAAAGGAUAUUGAAAAGUCAACUUUCUAAGUAAAUAGUUAAAUUAGGCUUUGAAUUUUAUUACAAAUAGGUUUUUCUGAUUGUGUUAUGAUUUUGACAUGGAAACGUCAGCUCUUCAAAGUAAAUUUUUUUUAGGCCUUAAAUUUUAUUGUAAAUACAUCAUGUAGUUUUAUUUUCCAAUACUCCACUUGUUCAAGUAGUAAAAAUCUUAUUGUGUGUGUGCCUGAGUCUGGAAUUGAUUGGUACUAGAAAUGGGUAAUAUUUCAGUGUGAUGAUAUGAGGUAUAUCACAUUAGUUAAACUGCGGCUCAUUUGCAUGGCAAUCGGUGAACUUGAAUCUGAUUAGAGGCACUCAGAAAUUGAGCAAAGUAAUAUCAACAGGGGGCAUGUCAAGUGGAACGACUCGUACAAGUCGUGCAACGGGUGAAAUCUUGCAUUUCAUUAGUGACACUCAGAAAUUGAGAGAGCGAGUCAUACAACUGGUAAAAUUAUUGCGUGAUCAAAAAUGUGUACAAGUUGAAAUUUUAGCACUGAAUUUAUACUAAGCUCAAAAGUGCACUGAAAUCCAAAAUAAGCUCAUAUAAUAGUUAUCUUGACUUUUAAGUACACUGAUGACUGUAUCUUUCAGUACUGUGGCAAAUUAUAAAUAUACAUGUACAUGUGUGAGGCAGUGAAUUUUGGGUGUAUCGUCUCAAGUGUCAGUUUGGUCGCAUUGUCAUGAUUGUGAUCAUGUGUAACAAAUUUAAAAUUAUUAAGAAGAGGUGUCAUUAUCGGGGAAUCAUUGCUUGCUUUCUUGGGUGUUCUUCCUGUACAACUGUACAAGCUACAAGUGUAUCUAAAUUAGUAGGAAUCCCAGUUAGUUUGGCUGCACUACAUUCCUUUUCAAUGGCUCAUUUUUGAGGUUACAUAUUUAUAAUUUUGUUAACUAGUUUUGUUAGCGCACAAUUGCCAUUUACAUCAUAAACUGGAAAACUAAAACAUUAUGUACAGUCAGAAUGUGAAACAAGCCUUUUUAAAGUUGGUUGAGUUAGAGUUUAUUUCGCAGUGUUAGUUACAGAAUAAUGAAAACCAUAAGAAUAUCAGAAAUAUUUCUGGAACUGAAGUCUCAGGUAAAGGUAAACCAUUUAGAUUAUGGUUCACGGGUCUUUUUGUAAGACAGAUGUAUACAUAACUUAUAUUAGCAGCAGUGAAGACUGCUUUGAAUUCAGAUCUUGCAAGUGCACAAUUAGAUAGUCUUUUUUUUGCUUAGAGCUCACUUCAAUGAGUCAUAAAUAAAGCCACUAAUUCAUUUCCUUAUGGUGUUAUUAUAAAUUUGUAUGUGUUUUUGUUCAUGUGCUAACUAGGCCUUUUGUGUGAACAUAUAUGUUGUAGUUAAUUUUUUAUCUCACAAAAUUUUUGUUUUUCUUUUGUUUUUGGGUACAAUGUAUAUGAAGUUUAAACAAAAGAAAAAGGAAAAUUACCUGAGAUAAUAAAUUAACUUCAACUUAUAUUUUUGAGACAUUUCGCAGUAUUAUGCAUCAAAUGUUUGUUGCGUAAGAUGCUAACAAGGAAUAUUCAUGGUGUAUGUGUUCUUAUUCACGUGCUAACUAGAACUUUUUGUGUGAUUGAAAUAUUUUGAGCCCUUAAAUUGUAGUUUGAUGCCACAAAUUUUUGUUGUGUAGUGUGCUAAUAUAGAACAAGGAAUAUUCAUGGUGUAUGCAUUCUUGUUCACUUGCUAACUAGAACUUUUUGUGUGAUUGUAAUAUUUUGAUCCAUUUUGUAGUUUCAUGCAUGAUUCAGAUGUUUGUCGCUUAGUGUGCUUAUCGAACAAGGAAUAUUCAUGGUUUACAUGUGUGCGUUCCUGUUCAUGUGCUAAUUUCACCAGUUGUGCAACUCGUACCACUCGAAAGGCCCCCUUUUGACAACUCUGCUCUCAAUUUCAAAGUGCCGCUAAUGAGAUGCUGUUUUACCAGUUGCACCACUUGUACGAGUCGUACACUUGACAGGACCCCCCUCACGACAACUUUGCUCAAUCAAUUCUAAUUGUCUCUAAUGAGAUGCUAUUUUGCCAGUUGCACCACUCGUACACUGUAUGAGUUGAACCACUUGACAGGACCCCCCUCACAACAACUUUGCUCACAAAUUCUAAGUGUCACCAAUGAGAUGCUAUUUUACAAGUUACACCACUCGUACCAGUGGAACCACUUGACAGGGCCCCUCCUCGACAACUUUGUUCACAAAUUCUGAGUGUCUCUAAUGAGAUGCUAUUUCACCAGUUGUACUUGUACGACUCGUGCAAGUCAAACCACUUGACAGGACUACCUCUCUACACUUGUCUAAUGAGAUGCAGCCAUGCAAUGUACUUCACUUUACUUCACUCAAAUAUAUCACAUUCACCACUUGAACCAACUGCACAGACUCGUACAACUAGAGUCUUGAUUUUACAACUUGAACAAGUGGUGAGUAUUGGUCCCUCUUCAACCCUAGUAUUCACCCUAUCAACUAAUUCUCUGAAAAUUAUAAUUAUCUUUAGAACAUUACUGAUUAAAUUAUAUUAUGUUUCUAAGGUAUGCCACUGGAUCAGAUGUCACCGAGCAUUCUUUACUUAUCCAUGAAUACUAUUCACGAGAAACAAGUAACCCUGUUCAUGUUGCAGUAGACACAACUUUAAAAGGUUCACGAAUGGGAGUCCGAGCUUACCAGAGGUAAUUCCAUCUCAGAGUCACAGAGCUUAAAGAAAGGCCCUUUGCAGUUGCCUGGUGCAAGAACAUGUAGAGGACAUGUAUCCUGUCAUGCAGCUGCUUAAUUUGCUUUGUUCAUGUAGUUAGUGAAAGUUGACAAGCAUGCAAAUGCCCUGCAAGCAAAUUUUGAAAGCUUUCAACUUUUCUCUAGUCUUGACCUGCUCUUGCUGUUGCCCAGAGUUGAAAUGGAAAAAAUUAGAAAUUCCCAGUAUUCAUCCUGCUUUUAAUUGGUAACUUUCUUUGAAUUGCCACAUCACAGAAUUUAUCCACAGACUUUUAAAGUUACAAUGUAACCACUCACAUUGGAGUAUAAUAAUUAGUUGGUUUUGAGAUGGUUGAUAAGUGUUAACAUACUUAUUCUGUACUUAACUUACUUAGCUCUAAAAUGGGAGUUCCAGGAAAGACAGAAGGAACUAUCUUUUCACCCAUCCCUUGUGAUGUCAUCCUCAGUGGCCCAGAGAGAGUAGGAGGUGAGAUCAUACAAUUCACUGCAGUGGAAGUGUACGGGAAAGGAUUAACUAGAAAAAUGCUUGUUUGCAUUGUUGACUUUUUAUCAGCCAUUCAUUUCAAAAGUGCCAAAUCAGUAGAGAAUUUUACAUUGAUACACAUUUUACAUUGAUAUGUGUUGAAAGUGCAAAUUUUGUUUUGUUAUUAAGUAAGCGAGACCAUUGUACAAGAUGAGAUUACCAGGAAGUGACUAAUCCUCUUCUUAAGGUGUAUGGUGUUGUUUGAUCUAUCUACAUUACUCCAGUACAUUAGUUCUUACAUUUUGUACAGCUUACAAACUGUGGUGUACUAAUUGUAUCUCAAAGAACCACACACAAAAAAUUUUCUGUCUGUAGUUGGCUGCAUAGCAGUAAUAAUAAUUUGCAUUUUAUUUUAGCCAAACAGGGGAGAUGUUCACUCGUUCACUCACACAUUUCCUGCACUUCUCCUGCUUGGCUAAAAGCAAAUGGAAACAACUGCAGAUCAUUAUAUGUUUCUGGGAAACUGCCCACCUACCCCUCCCCUAGGCCAACAUUAACACUUACUUCCCCCUUAUGCAAAAUGUUGGCUUAGGGGAGGGGUAGGUGGGCAGUUUCCCAGAAAGGUAUGAUGAUCCACAAGUGCUAUGACCGGGCUGUGUUUGUAACACUCUAACUAUUAAGUUCAAGUAGUCUGAUUUAACUGUAACAUAUUUUUCUUGCUUUUGUAUCUCAGUAAACUGGCUCCAGAAAACAAAGAACACAGCAAAACAGAGUAUAAGUCCUCUGUCAGAUAUGCAGCAUGUGAGCAGGUCAGUAUUUUCUCCCUUUAUGUACCAUGCAAGUUUUUAAUGAAAAAAAAGAAAGAAAGAAAGAAAAGAAAAGAAAAGGGUCAUCCACUAGAUUAGCCUUUGCUCCUUGGAUGAUCCCAACUUACUCCUUAUCUAGAUGCUACAGUUUUAUUCUUUACUUGUGUAAAUGAAUGGUCUUUUUUUCAAUCUGUGUCACAUGUACAUACGCGUACAUGCAAACCGAGUUGAGUGAAAUAAAUCUUCUUGUCUUCUUGUCUUGUACAAUGUAGUUUCCUAGUUAGUAUCUUUGCAUGGUACAAAAUAUAAAAAAGUUGCUUUUGUGUGGAUUGCACCCCAUGUAAUGAUAACGUUGGACUGUACAUCCAAAGGGAACAGACAAACAAUCCGAAUCUGAAUUUAUAAGUGUGUGUGUGUGACAUCACACCACUCUAGGCACUCUCGUAAUUAUAUUAUAAUGACAGGUUCAGUAUAACUGGUUCAACUGACCUGGGGAAGUUUUACCAUAAAUACUACUGUUGAUCCCAAAUUAUGCUACAUGAUGUCUUCAGUUUUUUCAUGGUCUCUUGUAGUUUGUUGUUCAGCCGUUUGACCUCAUCUGUUCAAAAAUUUUCUUUAUCCGUUCAGCCGUUCGGCCGUUCCGUUACGAGCCGUCCGUUUCUCAUCCGUUUGCUUGCCGUGCAUUCAGUAGUUCGAACGGAUAUAGAAAGGAACGUUUUUGUGUAAGAGGUCAUAAUUUAUUCCCUGACAGUACAGUCAAAUUUCUCCUUACGGACACUCUCCUCAGCCGACAGCUCUACUUAUAUGUACCGCCCUCUUUUCAAACUCUCCUUUGAACUCCAGCAAACAAAAACUAUCCCUGUUAGGGGCUAGCUCCAUCUGUGCAUUGUGGACACUUUUCUGGCACCCUAAGCUUCAGCUGUUGUUUGAAUUGUGUUCCUGUUCUGCUUGUUUAAGGUAUUUGUUUUCUGUUACAGUGCAAGUGAAAGACUGUUGGAAAUGCUUGAUGCCGUCGUUUCAUAUGUUGACGAUGUUCUGGUGGGUUUCCCAAAAUCAGUACUAUAAAUAAAUUAUUCUGUUGAUCACGCAGUUUUUGUCUCUUGUUUGUUUACUAUUUUUGUGGUUGUGGUUGUUUUUGUUUGUUUUUGUUUUUUUAAGGGGAUAGUGUACUUUGUCAGCGUUGUAACUCGUAGGGUUAAGUGUGGAGACUUCACUUGAUUAUAGUGAAGUUCUAAAUGUAAUUUUCAGUCUUGGCUGAAAUCCCACAUCUGUGCUUAAAAGCACUCAAAUGAGAGAUACUAAGCAGUACUUCCCCGUGAUCAUACUGCCUAUUAUGCUGUGCAAGGUGGAUGUUACUUUUGAAUUAGAACGAAAUCUUAGAGUGCGACCAUUCAAAUGAAAGCUAUUGAGCAGUACUUUCCUGUGGUACUGUUUAUUAUGCUGUAUAAGGUGUUUCCAACAUUUGAGUCUGUCGGUGAUAUCUUAAAGUGUGACCAUUCAAGUGAAAUCUAAUGAGCGAGAAAGCUACUGAAUAGUUCUUUUCCGUGGAACUGCUUCCCAUCACCGGUAACCCGCCAGUUACGAAAGGUAUUAAACAUAAAGGUAACAAAAAUAAUAGUCUGGUAAUCUGCCCACCCACCCUAUUGUCAACCCAACGUUUUGCCCAAAGUGAGAAGUUGGUGUCAACGUUAGAUUAUGAGAGGGAGGGGUAGCUGGGCGGAUUCCUAAAAUCUUAAAUUCCUCCGUCACUUUCCUCAGGCAGGAAAAGUCCCGGGAGACAACAGCGUUGGUAGAGAGCUUAUGGAUCUCGUUACCCAAGUUCCUCGUAUGUCUAAGGAAGAGUUUGAAUCCAUUCUUAACAGCAAUAUGCAGGUAGGUUUGCAGAGGAAUACUUUGUAUACUAUCCGGUCGUUUCGCCCACCUGCAGGCAAAAUCUUCGUUGGGCGAGAUAUAGACGUUUGAGCCGCUUAAAUACUAGUACAUUAUUUUAUUACAUUGCCUGUUUGCACUUGACGUCACAGCAGCUGAUUAAGGUGGUGAUUAAGAACAAAAGUGCUUCUCUCCUCUGGGAAUGUACAUGUAACUCCAUUUUCAUAUAAAAAGCGUAAAAAAAUUGUUUAUUGUAUUGAUCACCAACAUGUCACGUGGCUGCAAACCAAGAAUAAACACCAGUGAAAUACCAUUUGAGCUUUUGCACGAAAUCACGAUAUCUUCACACGUGAAAAUACCUGUUAAGUGUUAUCUUCACACGUGAAAAGAUCACUGUUGCUGUGGUUACAUAAUAAAACAAGCCUUUCACAGCAAAAAAAAAUCAUUUAAGAAAAAUGGUUCGGAAUUUCUUAAUUUGAAAUACUCGAAGGGAAAUUUCGUAUCUCCGUGCGGCCAUAUAAUAUCCUCUAUGUAAUUGUAUGUUUACUGUGGGUGUAAGCCCCGUGAUAAGCGCGCGCUCUCGCUCUUUUGGGAUAAAAGAAAAGAAACAACCAACAAACAAGGAAACAAGAAAAUAAGAAAAGUAGUCCGAACUUAGACGUGGGGCCGCUUAGGUGGGUCACUUAUUGUUACUCUGCGUACUAUGUACAAUUAGUUCUUGAUAAUGAACUAGCAAAGGGCAGUUUCUGAGAUUGCAGUGCGGUACCGAGUGUCCAUUGUCAACAGAAUGUACUUGUAGCGCACAGUAGCUACCCUCGGGGACGUGGUUUGACAUCCACGCUUAGAAUUUAAGUUUCUGAUAUUCAGUAUUUUAGAAGUGGACCUUUACUGGGAACUCCUGAUUUCAGGUCCCGCUUCUUAAUACAUCGGCCACGUUACUAAAUUUAUUCUUUCAAAAACUUUUUUUUUAGGAUCUGCUGAUGAUCGUGUAUUUAUCUGGCCUGUGCAAGACGCAAAUUGCUCUUGGAGAAAAGCUUGCCACUGUGUUAUAGUUAAAUAAAUUUUAGAGCAACCAAUAAAUUAUAGAGAACUUCCUUCUGCCUUUGUCGAAUUUCAUUAUACUCAAA